AUGACUGGCUAUGAUCCAAUGUCUCUAUCCAUCGAAACGCCAGAAGUUGAAUUCGGUGGAGCUGCGGAUCUCGGUGAAGGUGCGGAUCUCGCUGAAGAAGCGAUAUUCUAUAGACAUAUUAUACCGGUGAUCUUCUGGAAGCUUCAAAACUGGAUUGGUGUUGGACUUGAGAGGAAGUUGAAAAUUGCUUUUUUCAAUUUCGAUCAAAUUUCUGAGAAGAUCAUAUCUUCAAGAAGAGAGGAGAUACGCCGCGGGAAAAGAGAGACAUCAAUGGACGCGUUAACGUACUACAUGAAUGUGGACACAACCAAAUAUAAGCACUUGCAACCAAGUAAUGAUAAGUUUAUAAGAGAUGUUGUUUUGAGUCUAUUGUUAGCAGGAAGAGACACCACAAGCUCAGCUCUCACUUGGUUCUUCUGGCUUCUCUCUAAGCAUCCUCAAGUUAUGACCAAGAUCCGCAUGAGAUCAAGACAAAGUUUGAUCCUACAGAUCUAG